AUGGAUUUGGGCGAUAAUCGGUACCAGGAUUCGCCUCGUGCUCGUCCAGAAAGCUUGGUUUCGAGCAGCGAUAGCGAGAAUGACAGCGAUUCACAGUCUGGGACGAGCGCUGUGCUUCAGAGUCGCGGGUCUCUUGCAUCUCCUCCUUAUUUUACACCUGCAAACCCCGAUGUAGAGUCCCUGGCUCGGACGAAUUCAACAAUGAGCAGUCCCCCCCGUACGGACAUUCAUCCCCAUCUUCAUCUAGAGAGUCGUGCGAGCUCUUUGGGCUCGACAUCUUCUCUGAGGAAUGACCUCCAAUGGCUUCACGCUGACGAACUCGUCGCCCUCGCACAAAAGCAAAGACCUCUUGUCGCUCCGACCGACUCGUACGUAGUCCUCGUAACGAAAAUGUUGAAUCGCUAUCUGCGCUAUCUCGCAACGACAUGGGCUCGCUGCCUUUAUUCGCUCGUAUUUUUGCCGUCGUCUCUAUUCGACAAAUUUUCCAUGGUUGCAUUUGCAUUCUUCUCAUCCCUCAUCCUCUUUUGCCUCAUGCUCUCUUGCAUGUUUCUUAAUCUCCCAUACAUCGUUCGUCGUUUCAACGCAUGGAGUGCCAAGCAUGGUGGAGGUCUCACAAUGACCAAUGCGGCCUAUCCUUCCAUAUUCCGCAACACGACCGCCAACGAGCCGAGUGUCAUUGCCGCUCGCGAGGCGUUGGCCCGACCAAUGCCCCCAAGAGGAAACAUUCACGACCAAGAGUCACCGCGUAUUUUCAAUCUAGACGUUGCCAAGUUUAUGUUUCAGUGCGCCGCUCUCAUGUACGAACGAUCAUCAAGUCCCCUCCUCGAUGCUCUCGAAACCACGCGCAACAACUUUGAUGCUGCAGCCGUAAAGAGCCCCGAAAAUAGCAGUGUCGUGCCUGAUAUUGCCGAUCCAGGAAGAGUGCUAAAGGAGGUCGUUGGCACAGAGGCCGCUCGCGCCGUCUCAGAGUGCCUCCAUUUAUGUAAUGAAGAGGAGAACGAGAUGACACGCUUUGCUGCCAAGUUGGGCAUGAAGUAUAGCACAGUCUCCGAGCUCAACUCGCAGACGAGCGCAUGUGCGGGCUUAUUCUGGGACCCUAGCUCAACGUACAUUAUCCUUGCAUUCAAGGGUACUGAGCCGGGAGAGUUUAUUGAAUGGACGGACGAUUUCACGUACGAGCCACGGGAUGCAGGCGAUUGGAUAAGAGGGUUUGGAAAAGUUCAUGGGGGCUUUAUGAAUAGGAUAUUCCCCCGAAAGCUGGGUGUCGGCUCUCGGGUCCCAUACUAUACGAUACGCGAUGCCGUACGACAUACCGCAGCACACCUUCUCGAAAAGAAUCCACCAGGCACAAAGAUCAACCUCUGGUUGACUGGCCACUCGCUGGGAACGGCGGUAGCAUCGCUCGUCUAUGCACGCGCACUCAACGAGCCACGCGACUUUGGGCCGCGUGUGGUCCUCCGUGAUGCCUUCAUGUUUGGCACCCCCAUCAUCUGCGACGUCCCUUCCGCACAUGCGUUCCAUAACCGACUUUACCACGACGAACGACGCACGUUGUGGCGUAUAACCAAUGCCUACGAUUGUGUGGCGACAGCAUUGCCAGACUGGGGGGACGACCUCCGUAUGACGCUCAGCCCGUCAAACCUGUUCUCGUUUGCUCAUCUGGGUGUCGAGUUGCAGAUGCACCCCGCACCACGGAACAAGGUCAUCAUCUCAGGCAAUGCAAUGCCUCAUGGAAGUCCAGUAUUCAUCGAAACGGCCGUAAGACAGCUUGAUGGAGGGGCAGCGACGAGUGCAAGCCAGGAAAUCGAGCAAGCAAGACAAAAUAUUGCAUUUCUUCUCAAGGUUCCUCUUCUCGGACGUUUGGUCGCACAUGGUACCGCACCAUAUUGGGACGAACUUCAACGCGUACAGACGGGUCGUGUCGAAUGGGAGGAUCAAUAA